AUGGCUCGUGUUCGGUCACUCGUAUCUGAUUGCGAGGCUUUGCGUGAGAAGAACGAAGCCACCACAAAGGAACUGGAAGCAAUGCGAAAGCUUUUCGAAGAGAAGAUCGCGGCGGUGCAAGCUGAACUUGCACGGGUUGUGCAAGAACGUGACGACUUGGCGUCUGAAAUCAGUCAAGAACGCGAAGUAGUGGUGAGCGCCAAUAAGCUCGCUGAUGAUCUCAAGAAGAAGCUAGAGAUAGCAUCGACAGCACUCGUUGAACGUCAAAGUGAGGUGGCGACUCUUCAUCAAGAGAAAGCAAAUCUUGAGGGAUUGAUAAAU